AUGAGUUUAUUAACAGAUUCCUCAGUCGCUGCCUUGGCCACGGAUCCUUCAGUAUCUGCAACAACUCUACAAAGAUCACAAACAGGUGGUAAAAGUUCCUUACCAACAGCCAUUUUCCCUUCAUCAGCAUCCAAAAUCACUGCAAGUUCAAACUCUCAAGUAACGGGUUCAGGUUCACCAACAACUUUAUCAUCAAGUUUCUAUUCAAAUUUACAAAUAUUAACAGACACGUCAAGUAUAGCUGCACUAGCUUCUUCUGGAAGCAUUUCAAAUGGUGAUCAUAAAACAGCAGCAAGCGGUUCCGGGAGUAAUAAUCACAAUAAUAAUGGAGCAUUAGACGGUGAUUCAUCAGGAGGGAAAGGUUCAUCUUCAAGUUCAGUUGCUUCAGUAAGCAACAACCAAAAAUCUGAUACAAGUGGUGGUUCAUCAAUUUUGUUUCAUCAGAAUAAUCAAAAUAAAUUGAAUUGGAAAUUAAUAGCUAUACCUAUGAUGUUAGCUCUGCCAAUGGUUUUAUGA